GUCCAGUCCGUUUUGAGGUAAAAUCUGCAGUUUGGUGUGACUUUUUCCCACGAGAAAAAUACCGAUCGGACCGACUCAUGACUUUGGCUGCCCAGUAGAGCGAGUGCGAUGCUGCUGGGCAAGUUGUGCGGGCAGUUCUGGGCCAAGUCCCACAUGGUCUCGCGCUCCGGCGUGUCCACCUGGUCGCCCUUGGCCACAGCCUUCAAUACCAAGCCCCACCCGAAGCUAAACCUGACCAGGAAUGACACGGGUCUGUUCGGGAUCAGCGCUCUGACAAGUCCUGAGGGCUUUUACUUGAUGAAGGACAAUGCCAUAAACAGGACAGAUGACUUGAUCAAGGAGGCGACUGGCGAACAGCGAAAGAGGAAGAUGGUGGAGAUCUUUGACGAGCUGUCGGACACUCUGUGCAAAGUGGCCGAUCUGGCGGAGUUUGUCCGGCUGUCUCAUCCCAAUGUGAGAUUUCUGCACGCCGCCGAAGACGCCUGCAUCAGCAUUAGUGGCGUCGUUGAGAAGCUCAACACUGACAAGGAGUUGUACCGCGUCUUGAAGGCUGUGGUGGACUCGGGAGAUGCCUUCCCAACCAGUCCAGUAGACGACCAUGUGUCCCAGCUCUUCCUGUUUGACUUCGAACAGUCCGGCAUCCACCUGGAGGAAGAGCUGAGGCGCCGCGUGCUGCACCUCAACGAGUGCAUCCUCCAGAUGGGACAGAGGUUCAUGGCGGGCGCGAUCACACCUCGCGUGGUGGACAAGGAAGUCCUUCCGGAGAGCAUCAGACACUUCUUCACGCGCCGCGGAGACAAAAUCGAGGUCUCCAGUCUCUUCGCUGAGUCCACCAACGCUCUGGCCCGCGAGGCUGCCUUCCGGCUCUUCCUCUACCCAGACAAGCGCCAGGACGAACUCUUGACGGACAUUCUUGGCGCCCGGCGCGAGCUGGCGACCAUUUGUGGCUUUCCCACAUACGCUCAUCGUGCACUCAAGUCAUCGACCGUCGAGCGACCCGAAGUCGUAACAGACUUCCUGGAGAUCCUGACUGAGGGACUGGGGCCGCGGGCGCAGGAAGACUUCCGCCAAAUGGCGCUAAUGAAGAGGCAGGAAAAUCAGUCUAACUCCGCCCUGGCGGCCUGGGACACUCCCUACUACACGGCGAAGCUGAAGAAGGAGCUGCUGCAGGUGAACGCGAAGGAGUUCGCGCCCUACUUCAGUCUCGGCGCCUGCAUGGAAGGCCUGAACACCGUGACUAGCAGUCUGUGGGGCAUCGAGUUGCAGAACACGGAAAUGCAGCCGGGCGAGGCUUGGAAUAACGACAUUUACAAACUGGCUGUGGUGCACGAGGGCGAAGGCGUGCUGGGCUACAUCUACUGUGACUUCUUUGAGCGCUCCGGGAAGCCCAACCAGGACUGCCACUUUACCAUACAAGGCGGCAAGCGGCUGCAGGACGGCACUUACCAGCCGCCCGUGGUAGUGAUAAUGCUGAAUUUGCAGCAGAGUCGCUGGUCGGGGCCCACGCUGCUCACGCCCUCGAUGGUGGACAAUCUGUUUCACGAGAUGGGGCACGCUAUGCACUCCAUGCUGGCCAGGACAGAGUAUCAGCACGUGACGGGCACGCGCUGCAGCACAGACUUUGCGGAGAUCCCAUCGGUGCUGAUGGAGUACUUCGCGGCGGACCCGCGCGUGCUGGCCACCUUCGCCAGACACUAUCAGACACACGAGCCGAUGCCCGAGGAGAUGCUGAACCGCCUGUGCGCCUCGAAGUUCCUAUUCACCGCCUCAGAGACGCAGUUGCAGGUCUUCUACUCGGCGCUCGACCAGGCUUAUCACGGCGCGCCCGCUGGCCAGGGCGCUUCCACGACGGACACUCUGUGUGAUCUGCAGGGCAGAUACUACGGGCUGCCCUACGUGCCAGCUACAGCCUGGCAGCUGCGCUUCUCCCACCUGAUCGGUUACGGCGCCAAGUACUACUCCUACCUAGUAUCUCGCGCCGUUGCCUCCAGCAUCUGGCACUCCUGCUUUGCGGCGGAUCCUCUCAGCCGCUCGCAAGGCGAGAAGUAUCGCCGGGAGUUCCUCUCCUUCGGCGGAGGCGUGCCGAGCCGCCAGCUCGUGAGUCAGUUCCUGGGCCGCAACGUGACGCCGCAGACGCUGGCGCAGAAUCUCAUGGAGGAAAUUGACGCCAGCAGCGACACAAUCCGGCGACUGACGGAACGAUAGUCACACACGCUGACCAUUGAUGUCUCUCUAGGUGUUUAUUAUCAAAAACAGGAGUUGGGAAGGGGGGUAGAAAUGAAGAGGGGGCGGGAAACUACAUUUAGCCGGCUAAGUCAUCGCGUCGCAACUUAUUUACAUCCUCUAUCAAACUGUAAAUAGUUUCCUUGUUAAAUAAAUUGAUAGACACAUCCAA